GGUAAGAAACCUGUUGUGUCUGUUUUGUUGUGACUACAUCAAUAAAAUCAGUUUAUACAAAAGGAGGAGAGGCAGACAGGCAGAAGAUCAACAUAUUUGCGUCUUUUUGCAGUCCAAAACCGUUUGGGAACAGGCCAGGAUGGCAUUAGUAGCCCUGGGCGUCCUUGUGAGUGUGCUACUGUGGGUCUGUACAUACCGGGUGCUGUGCCUCCUAAACUCCCGAUGUAGUGCAGAGUGGAACUGUCGUCUGGUCACAGCUGCCCAUGGCGUCCUCAUCACGUGCCUGUCUUACAAGAACGGGUUCAUCGACAACCGCUGGCCCUUCACCGACCCAGGUCUGCCCAACUCCCAGUAUGAGGAGCAGAUCAUUGUUCUGUGUCUCGGGUACUUCCUGUUUGACUUCUCCUGGUGUGUGUACCACGGGACAGAGGGCAUGGUCAUGCUCACUCAUCACUGUGCCAGUAUCUUUGGACUCGCUGCAGCCCUGAUCCUGGGAGUGUCUGGUACCGACGUGAUCGGUGUGAUUUUCGGCGCCGAGUUGACCAACCCGUUUCUACAGUUACGCUGGUUCUUCAAAGAAACCGGCCGCUACCGCACGCUUCCCGCCGAAAUCAACGACUUACUGUUCAUCAGUCUGUUUGCAGGGGUCCGUAUCGGCGUCGGCGGGUAUUUCUUCUACACAGAGUGGACAAACAAACGACCACUCAUGCUUUUCAAGUUAGGAGGAACGGCACUUUAUAUCGUUAGCUGGGUUUUUAUGGUACAAAUCGGAAGGUUUGCUGUUAGAAAAUACACCAGAAUGUACAGAGAAUGGAGAGACAAAAGUACUAGUUAUAAAAUGAAGGUUAGUUAUAGUAAUGGUGAUGUUAAUAAUGUCAAGUAAAGAAUUGAUUUUCAAGGAAUUACGUAAAAAUGAUGUGAAAUU